GGGCGGGGCUUUGCGGACGCACGCGCGUCGAAGCUCUGCUCCCGGAGCUGCGGCGACUGCGGGCUUGGCUGCGGCGGCUGCUGUGGCGGCGGCGGUGGGAGGUUGGAGAGAAAUCCAGGUACUCAGUUGAUUGGUACUUUCUGCCACCAUGGGGGAGCUUUUCCGGAGUGAAGAAAUGACACUGGCCCAGCUUUUUCUACAGUCAGAAGCUGCUUAUUGUUGCGUCAGUGAAUUAGGAGAACUCGGAAAGGUUCAGUUUCGUGAUUUAAAUCCAGAUGUGAAUGUUUUCCAAAGGAAAUUUGUGAAUGAAGUUAGAAGAUGUGAAGAAAUGGAUCGAAAGCUCCGAUUUGUUGAGAAGGAGAUAAGAAAAGCUAACAUUCCAAUUAUGGACACCGGCGAAAACCCAGAGGUUCCCUUCCCCCGGGACAUGAUUGACUUAGAGGCCAAUUUUGAGAAGAUUGAAAAUGAACUGAAGGAAAUCAACACAAACCAGGAAGCGCUGAAGAGAAACUUCCUGGAACUGACAGAAUUAAAAUUUAUACUGCGCAAAACUCAGCAAUUUUUUGAUGAGGGUGACUACGUGCACAAGUCUGUGUUUAUCAUUUUCUUCCAAGGCGAUCAGCUGAAAAACAGAGUCAAGAAAAUCUGUGAAGGGUUCCGAGCCUCACUCUAUCCCUGUCCUGAGACACCACAGGAGAGGAAGGAAAUGGCUUCUGGAGUGAAUACCAGGAUUGAUGAUCUCCAAAUGGUUCUGAAUCAAACGGAGGAUCACCGCCAGAGGGUUCUGCAGGCGGCCGCUAAGAACAUCCGUGUCUGGUUCAUCAAAGUGCGGAAGAUGAAGGCCAUUUACCACACCCUGAACCUGUGCAACAUAGAUGUGACUCAGAAAUGCUUGAUUGCAGAGGUCUGGUGCCCUGUCACCGACCUUGACUCCAUCCAGUUUGCACUCAGAAGGGGCACGGAACACAGUGGUUCUACUGUACCUUCCAUUUUGAACAGGAUGCAGACAAACCAGACUCCCCCAACCUAUAACAAAACCAACAAGUUUACCUAUGGCUUUCAGAACAUAGUAGAUGCUUAUGGAAUUGGAACUUACCGAGAGAUAAAUCCAGCUCCAUAUACGAUUAUCACUUUCCCUUUUCUAUUUGCUGUGAUGUUUGGAGACUUUGGUCAUGGCAUUUUAAUGACCCUUUUUGCUGUGUGGAUGGUAUUGAGGGAGAGCCGGAUCCUUUCCCAGAAGAAUGAGAAUGAGAUGUUUAGCACUGUGUUCAGUGGUCGAUACAUUAUUCUGUUGAUGGGUGUGUUCUCCAUGUACACUGGCCUCAUCUACAAUGAUUGCUUUUCCAAGUCUCUUAAUAUCUUUGGGUCAUCCUGGAGUGUACGGCCGAUGUUUACUUAUAAUUGGACGGAAGAGACGCUUCGAGGGAAUCCUGUUCUACAGCUGAACCCAGCCCUCCCUGGAGUGUUUGGUGGACCAUACCCUUUUGGCAUUGAUCCAAUUUGGAACAUUGCUACCAAUAAACUGACCUUCUUGAACUCUUUUAAGAUGAAGAUGUCUGUUAUCCUUGGUAUCAUCCAUAUGCUGUUUGGAGUCAGCCUGAGCCUAUUCAACCACAUCUAUUUCAAGAAGCCCCUGAAUAUCUACUUUGGAUUUAUUCCUGAAAUAAUCUUCAUGACUUCUUUGUUUGGCUAUUUGGUUAUCCUUAUUUUUUACAAGUGGACAGCCUAUGAUGCUCAUACAUCUGAGAAUGCACCAAGCCUUCUGAUCCAUUUCAUAAACAUGUUCCUCUUUUCCUACCCAGAGUCUGGUUAUUCAAUGUUGUAUUCUGGACAGAAAGGAAUUCAGUGUUUCCUGGUAGUGGUUGCCCUACUGUGUGUACCUUGGAUGCUGCUGUUUAAACCACUGGUCCUUCGCCGGCAGUAUUUGAGAAGGAAGCAUUUGGGAACUCUCAACUUUGGUGGGAUCAGGGUGGGCAACGGACCGACAGAGGAGGAUGCUGAGAUUAUUCAGCAUGACCAGCUCUCCACCCACUCAGAGGACGCAGACGAGCCUACCGAGGACGAAGUGUUUGACUUUGGGGAUACCAUGGUCCACCAGGCCAUCCACACCAUCGAGUACUGCCUGGGCUGCAUCUCCAACACCGCCUCCUACCUGCGGCUCUGGGCCCUCAGCCUCGCUCACGCGCAGCUGUCUGAGGUGCUUUGGACCAUGGUGAUCCACAUUGGCCUGAGCGUGAAGAGCUUGGCGGGAGGUUUGGCGCUGUUCUUCAUCUUCGCCGCCUUUGCCACCCUGACUGUGGCCAUCCUCCUGAUCAUGGAGGGCCUCUCGGCCUUUCUCCACGCACUGCGCUUACACUGGGUUGAGUUCCAGAAUAAAUUCUACAGCGGGACUGGUUUCAAGUUCCUACCCUUCUCCUUCGAGCAUAUUCGGGAAGGGAAGUUUGAAGAGUGAGCCCCUGUGAGGACCACGUGCCCCACACUGCCCACCCUGCCUCCCCCCACAAUGAUGAGCUGUGCUCCUCUGCCCGUUGGUUGUGAUCCGUGGGCACCAGGACAUUCGUGUCACCCCAUCUGUGAGUCAUUUAGAUAGAAGAGUCCUCCCUGGGUCUCCCACCACCCCCAGAUUUGUGUGUAGUGCAGUGGUUUGCUGGCUGUCACUUAUACCCACUGGGCACCAGCCUUGCCCUCUUAGCUUCCACCCAACCAGAGAGCCCCUCCCACCUCCUGGUGGUGAGCGUCUGUGCAUUCCCACGCAAUCCCGUAGCCCUUUCAUCUUCCCUGAGUGUGUGGAUGGAAGUAGCACCCAUGCCUUUCACAUCUAGACUUUGAGUUCCGUCCACCUGCCACGGUAGUUUCUAGCAGGAGUAGUGCAGGGAGCAAUACAGGUUCUCCCCUAGAAGGGGACACUGGUAAUACACCCCACUCUUGGGUUAGCAGGGGUGGGUCCAGGAAGAUAUUUAUGUCCUUUGCCCACCCCGCUCUAGUGCUUGUUUAUCAGGCAUUCAGCUGGACCCAACUGGACCAUCAUGAGUGGCUUCUCCCUGUCACCCCCAGGGGUCAUGGGAUAUCCACACCACCUUCCUGACCCCACCCUGCACUCCCACCCUCUCCUCUCUCCUCAUUCAUGCCCUGCAGUGUAUAGCACAGCCGGGAGUGCCUGGAGCAGAGGCUUUGUCUGCUUUGCAGUGCACAGGGCUUCCCUCCCCCGGCUGGCUUCUUCCCCGCCCUUGCGUGGGCCCUGCCCACAGGCACAGCCUUGGGCAGAGGGUGCAGGCUGAUGCUCUUCCGGUGGAGACCCUCAGACCUUCCCCACCCCUAAUCAUCAUGUCUUGAGUAUGGGACUGGGAUCCUCUCAGUUCUGCCUGCAGUCUGCCUGCCUCUGCCCCCUAGUGUCCCUCCUCACCUCCACACUGGCCCCAGGUCUCAGGAGGGGUGUCCUGGGCAGGGAAGGUUAGUAUCACUGAUGGCUAGCUGAUUGGAAGCCAUUGGCAGGGCUGCCGUGCAUGUGGCUGUGAGGGCUGCAGAGCCCAGCCGAGGGGCCUCCUCCCCGUCAUCCCAAACCUUCUAAUCAUGUGCUGGCAUGGCAGCCCUGGCUGCCCUGGCCAAGUUAAUCCCCACCGCUUUCAGUGGUAGAAAGAAUUCCCUGAGUGGGCCCAGCCACCGCCCUCCUCCCACCCUGGCUUUUCUGAGUGAGCUGCCUGGAGUCCUGGCCUCUCUCCCCGGCUUGGCUGCCCCAGCUUCACUGGAUGCUGGCCACCAUGACCUGGCCCGACCUUGUGCAGCCCCCUGCCCUCGUAUUAUCCAGGGUUUUCAUGAUGAUCUUUACUCUGUUUCAAGUGGGGUUUGAAGCAGAGUUCAGGGAACUCUGCCCAAAGCCCUCCUAUUGAGACAUUCCUGUGUUGAAUAAAAUGUGUUUGACUCCCCCAGA